UCCGUUUCCGGUGUCCCCUACAGUCAUGGCUGCCGCCGUUGCUGCUGCCGGUGCAGGGGAACCCCAGUCCCCAGACGAAUUGCUCCCGAAAGGCGACGCGGAGAAGCCUGAGGAGGAGCUGGAGGAGGACGACGAUGAGGAGCUAGAUGAGACCCUGUCGGAGAGACUAUGGGGCCUGACGGAGAUGUUUCCGGAGAGGGUCCGGUCCGCGGCCGGAGCCACUUUUGAUCUUUCCCUCUUUGUGGCUCAGAAAAUGUACAGGUUUUCCAGGGCAGCCUUGUGGAUUGGGACCACUUCCUUUAUGAUCCUGGUUCUUCCCGUUGUCUUUGAGACUGAGAAGUUGCAAAUGGAGCAACAGCAGCAACUGCAGCAGCGGCAGAUACUUCUAGGGCCUAACACAGGGCUCUCAGGAGGAAUGCCAGGGGCUCUACCCUCACUUCCUGGAAAGAUCUAGAUUGUUAUUGCUGUUUGAGCUGUCUCGGUGGGAUAAGUUUGAAAUUCAAGUGUUUGAACUGCUGAUUAUUUGGAUUUUUUUUUUUUUUUUUUUAACUUUGGCACAUUGAUCUAUCUAAACCUGGUGGGGAGAAUUAUCCCCACAUUGUCUCAUGGAAAGACUCAACUUGCGGCUGUGCCCUCCACACUAUCCUUACUUCUGUCUUCACUCUGAUACCAGAGUGCAGCCAUGCAGACGGUUAUUCCAGCUCUGGUCACCCGACUCCUUUCACCAAAUUGCUCCUAACUGGAAGAUCUCACUUUCCCCUUGUGGGGUAGGAACCGAUGCCAGUGGGAGGGAUGUGCCCCUGACCAUUAAUGACUGCUUUUUUUUUUUUUUUUUUUUUUUUUUUUUUAAAAGAAUGGAGUUGUUGGGGAGGGACAUGCACACAGUGUGAAACAGACAAAAUGCAUUACACCUGUAGUGUAAAGUGGCCACUAUGAAUCCCUAUGUAUGAGAGAAGGGAGGCUGGCUGCAGCUUCAGCCACAGAGUGGGAACUAUGGAAGACAGCAGGAGUUCAUUUCCUCUGCACAUUUUGGCUGUUAGAUCUGUGUGUGUGUUUAAAAAAACAGAAGUCAGUGCUCACUUUUUGUAUUUAAAUAUUAAAAAUGAUUCCAACUGAAA